UUUUAAAGGACACACUGGAAAAAAGAGGUGCUCUUGGACAAAUAAAAGCAAGAAUCAGAGCUGAAGUUUUUAAUGCACUGGAUGACAAAAGUGAACCACGGCCACCACUGUCUCAUGAAAAUCUCUUAAUCAACGAACUAAUUCGUGAAUACCUGGAAUAUAACAAAUAUAAAUACACAGCAUCUGUUUUAACUGCAGAAUCUGCCCAGCCUGAAGUGCCCUUAGGUAGACAGUUUCUUGCCAAGGAGCUGAACGUAGUUGAAGACGCAGAUGGAAUAUCAGUACCUCUCUUGUAUGGAAUUAUCUCUCAUUUCUUACAUGGUGGUAAAGAAGAAAGUACCCAGAAUACCCUUCCAAAAGUGUCUUUGCUGAAUUACCCAAAGCAAAAACUUGGCAAAGCACCUACUGAGAGAAAUCAGAAAGAUAGAGUUCCAGAACCAGGAAGGAUGGCUGGCACCAGCAUCGGAGAGCCCUUUGUUUUACAAAGUAUAAACAGAUGA